AUUUUGUUCAAGACUUUUUAAUGCAUUUUAAGGCCUUGAUUUUAAUUCAUGAACGCAAUGACCUUUAAGACUUUUUAAGGAUCUGCGGGAAACCUAUUAAUUAAAACUUCAAAAAUGUCUACUUUCUGUUGUCUUUUUCUUGUUCGGGUCCUGUUUUAUUUUGGCAAGGUUCUGUCUGGUCUUCCUGUGUGCAUCUUCUCUGCAUCUACCCCGAAUCCUGUCAUUGACUGCACAAACCAAUGAUACUUAAACCUGCUGUGUGUUUGUCUUGGAGUGAGAAGUCACAAUGGCUGCGGGAUACGUGUUGCUGCUGCUGAUCGUGACCUGCUCUGCCCUGGAAAAAUGUAAGAAUGACACAGAUGUUUUUCUCCAGGAACUCAGCCAGGACAAACCAAAGGAUUUUGCUGUUGUCAUGUAUGAUUCAUUCGGAAAGAUGGGAAGUGGAGUUGUCGGAGGCAACGUCAACCAACCUGGUUCACUACAUGAAUGCCUUUCUGUCCAAACUGCAUCUUUCUCUGGACAAUACUGCCAAGUAUUUAUUUCUCAGGGCAGAGCUGUUCACUUUGUGGGGAUCUGUGUUCCUGACUCCUGCAGUAAAACACAGGUUCACAUGAUGGUGCUACAGGGUAAACUGAAAUUCCAUAACACUCCUCUCAUCCCUCCGUUGCCUCCGCUAUUGGUGAAUAACUCUCUUCGGAGGGUGCUAUGGACAACAUGUUUGCCCAGAACUGUAACUCCAGAUGCCUCGGGUAUCGCAUGUCUGGUCCUUUGUUGUGUGAUAGUAGCACUUCCUCUUGCUGCAACACUUGUGACUGCUGUGAAGAUUUGGCGCAGGAGCAGACAAGUGCCUCCAACAGAGGAACCCUCCGCUCUGUCCAUGGUGCAAAACGGAGACCUCAACAGUUUCUCAUAUUCUGACAUGAAUGCUCAUCGCUUAAAGGAAAAUGACCAAGGCAAUAAAAGUCAGCAGCGGUUCCUCAGUCGUUGCUUGCAGCAGUUCCUUCAGGCCUUCUCUCUACAGACAACAACAAAAGGAGUCCUCAGCACCUCGACAUCUGUCAAGGGCACCUACCUUUCCCUCAAUGGCAUUCGAGCACUGAGCAUGUUGUGGAUCAUUUCUGGCCAUAAUGUGCAACUGACAACAGUUUCUAUUGAUAACAUCAACAACCUGCAAGCAUCUCUGGAAACAAAUCCCCUGCAUAUCUUCACCAUGAAAGGAGGGCUAUACCUGGCUGUGGACACAUUUCUGCUUUUGGGGGGUUUGUUAAGUGCCAAAAGUCUCCUGAGCUCAAUCCAGAGGAACGGUGACACCAUGAGUCCACGUCUUGUGGCAGAUUACUUCUUUAAAAGGCUCAGAAGGGUACAACCGCUCCACAUGUUUGCGAUGCUACUUUUCAUAGCUGUUACAUCAUUCUUCAAUGGAGGACCUUACUGGGAGAAAGCAAAAACAUCGGGGCUGGAAUGUCACCAGUACUGGUGGACUAACGUGCUGUUGAUCAACAAUCUAUUUGGUCAAGAUUUACAUUGCCUACCUUGGACAUGGUACCUCUCGCUUGACUUCCAGUGCUUUGCCACAACGCCUCUGCUGAUUCUUGCCCACAGAAAGAACAAAGUCGUAUUCGCCAUUUUAGUUGUUGCCCUGCUGCUGAUGACCAUUUUGACAAAUUCUUUUGUGACAGCUUUUUCUCGAAAUUGGGACAGUUUUUCCUACUUGCUUUACAAUAAACCUUACUCCAGGUAUGGAUCAUUUUUGGUCGGUGUCUUGUUUGGAAUGUUCCUGAAAGAGAAGAAGGAAAAGAUUUUGAAGAAAAAGUGGCAAGUGGCUCUUGGGUGGAUCGCAUCCUUGUCCAUAAUGGCUCUGGUUGUGGGAGUGAACUAUGCCCUCCCAUAUGGCCCAGGCCAAUCAUCAGUGCCGCAUGCCAUCUAUGGGGGUCUUCACAGGACAGUCUGGGCAACGGCUGUAACCUGGGUGAUAUUAGCCUGUGAGGAGGGCUACGGAGGUUACAUCAUGAGUCUCCUCUCGCUGAAGUUCUGGGUUCCUUUUUCCAACCUCAGCUACGCCUGCUACCUCAUUCAUCCCUUCAUUAUCUUUAUAUACAUUGGCCUGCAAGAAACCCCGAUCCACUAUUUAGACAUCAACUUUAUGUAUUUGUUCCUUGGUCACACAGCGCUCACCAUUGUCCUCAGCUAUGUUAUGACUGUGCUGGUGGAGAGGCCUUUCAUUCUUCUAAAGUGGAAGUGAAAACAAAAAGAAUUUGCAAUGAUGUAAGAUUCAAAUGAUUCUGUCAACCACACACAUCAUCCAAUGGCGGACGAGAGGACAAUCCAUUGUUACAUGACUCUCGUCUUGAGAGUCUGGUACCUGUAACCAA